GUUCUUUGUUUACAACGCGAAAGGUAGGAAACAAAAACAAGCCGAUCAAAAGCAAAGCCAGUUUCAACAGUUAUUUUGUGCCUUCUACGCAGCUCCAAUUUUCGUUUUAAAAAUUCUAAUUGAGUUUUUUAAAUUAGUUCGUGAUUUUUUCCAAUUGGUUUUCUAAAGAAAAUUUAUAUUGACUCGUUCCAUUUUCAAAUUUUCUUUGUUUCGUUUUGAGGAGUGAAAAUAAAGACGCGACGUUGCCGCUCUUACACCAAACUUUUUAUACAACAGUUAGUUGGGUUUUUAACUGAAUACUAUAGAUUUUGUGAUCUGUUUUAUAUUACUAAAGUUGAAUGCAGUGAAAUAAACCGAAAGUUAUGUUUCAGUGUUUUGAAAUGUGUGCGUUUGAACGUUAUUCAUUUUCUGACGCAAUAGCCAACUGGCAACAGCGCACGGAAUCGGACUGAAAAGGAACUUUCAAAUGUGCUAACAAAGCUCAUCGGAUAUUACUUAUAUCCACACAUCACAACAUUUUAUGAGGUACUAGGGCCUCCGCGCCCGGUCGCUCAAACCGUCGGGACGACGAGCCGUGGGGGGAUCGGCGCGGGCACACACAACGACAUUCGGCCGCUGCCUGCUCCUCUACGCUUAGGUGCCGAUUCACCCUCCGCUCGUUCCGCACUCCCGAUCAUGUCUCGAGCGGGCGCGGGGCACCCGGAUGCUGACGAAGGCGCGUCCUGCUCGCAGGCCGCGGGCGAGCGACUAUACCCGGCGCUGGCGGAGUACCUGCUGCUGGAGCACAAGUUCCAGCCGCGGCUGUGCCUGCCCGGCGAGUCUGAGAAUGGAGAGGUGACGACAGGCGCUCGCGACGGCGCUGCGCACGUGUUACGAUGCCUGAAGGUGUGGUUCGAUCUGCCGGCCAGCGUGUUAGUGCACGCCAUCAACUUGUUCGACAGGUUCCUCACGAAGAUGAAGGUGCGUCCGUGCCACGUGCCGUGCAUCACUGUGUCAUGUAUGAACAUCGCCAUCGACGAGUUCGCUGAGCAAACGCGACAGCCGAGGACCGUUUCUGUUGAGGAAUUAGUAUCAAUCUCCCAGUCGGCGUGCACCGCGGGUGACGUCACUCGCAUGUCGCGCGUCAUCGUGGACAAGCUGGCGCUGGCUAAAGGCACGCGCUGCGUCAGCGUGCUGGAGUGGGCGAAGCUGGUCCGCGCUCUGGUCGCCGACGCGGCCCGACAAGUGGGGGCCGAGUCGCCGGAGAGCGAAUUAGUCAACCUGGUGGAGAUUGCUGUGUGCGACGCGGCGUGCGCGAACGUUCGCGCGUCCGAGCUCGCUCUAGUGCUCGUCUUCCACAAGAUUGAACAACAGCUGGUGGAGUGGUCUCGCAGCGGCGCGGUGCCGGAAGACGCGUACUACAUCUACGACUACGCGGCCCAGCUACAGGCGCACUGCCACAUGUCAGACGCGUCCUUAGUGGCAGCGCGGGCGCGCGUACGAGGCGUGCUGGCCCGAUACGAGGCGCGCGCCGCCGCGCCGCACCGCCAGCGCCUCGUAUGGCGACUCUCGGAACGCACGCUCAAGGUGCUGCGACCGACAGACCGGCUGACGUCCCUUCUGCCCACCAUCGAGGAACAACACUACGCUGUCGACGCCACGCCCACGCGAAACAGAACUGGCAGUGAGAGCAGCGAAAGUGAAGACAUGUCCGACUGGCCUCGGAGCCCCGUCCUACCCGUCUACUGCGACUAGCCACGCCACGUCACGUCACGCCACGCCACGUGUCACGAGUGUUUGCGCCGCCAUACUCCGACUCAGAUGUAAAUAUGUGUGAAAUGGUUUUGAUUUAAACAAUUUGAAUAGAAUGUUAUUUGAUAAGUUAAGUAUGAUGUUUGCGCAAAUGAUUUUGGAAAAAUCACAAAAUAAAAUGCAUUUUUAACAACAUCCAGCCAGUGCUGAGUAGAAGCAGCGCAAGAAACUCAUGUCCGUUUUCAGUAUCAAACCCUAUUUCUAAGUGACCCCUAUGGUAACACUUAUCAGGAAUUUUGUUUUCAUAGGGAUCACUUAAAAAUUAGGGAUUGAUUUUGGUCACUUGUGAUGUUGUCAUCUUAUUAUAAAAGAUAGUAAAAAAACUAGGGUUUCUCUAUGGCCUUUUAAAUUCAACUUUCUCUAUCUUUAAAUGUCUAUGGAAAUUGUUUAAAUAGUCUAUGGUGUGUGAAUGUAUGAUCCCAAUUUUGAACGAGUCAAAACUCCGUGAUCAAACUUUCAAUUUUUAUACGAAAACGUUUUAUGCGAGAGUUCGUAUAAUUAUGCCACUUUGACAUAUCAUGGUAGAUUUAAUAGCUAAAUAUAUGAUUAUACUUUAUAUAUUUAAAUUGACAUUUUUUAUAUUAAUUCAGGCAUUUAAAUAAAAUAUUUUUCAAAUAAUACAUAUUGAAACAUACUCUUUCAUGAAACGUUUUUGUUAAAUUUGAUAACUUCAAGUGCUUAGAACCGGCGGGCAUUUUUAAUUUAUAUUUAGAAAUAUUAAUUAGGUAAUUUUUCUACAUUUUAAAAGUGAAAAAAAAAAAUACAAAAAUGAUCGGUGCAAUUUUUUCAAAAUUUUUGUUCAACAAAAAAAAAUUAAAAAUUGUUCUUUUUUGAGUAUUAUCGGGAAUUUGGAUACGCUGUACAAAAUGUGUUUAGCGAAAAUAUUAAUAAAAUAAUAACGGAAUUUAUUUUUGUACAGCGUAUAAAAUUCUUUUGUAUGUUUGUUAGUGUUGUAUUCAGAAUAUACGCCUUUUAAUAACUGCGUAUUUUAAAUUAUGACGAAAAUAUAUGUUAAAUGCUCUAGGUGACAUCUUUUUUCGUCUUCUCAAAUUCUGAAUACAACAAAUCGGUACUAAACUCAUCGCAUCGUAAGAAGUACUAUAUCGUUUUUUGGUUCAAAAAAUGAUAUAAAAAUCAGUUAACGCCACUAAUUUGCGACUUGCGACACGAUGCGAUUAGUCGAGUGCGAUUCUCCCAACGAGACGACGUUUGUUGUCGCACACUGGUAAAGCUUUAUUUAAAAUGAUUAAGUUUCGUCUAUAAUUUGUAAUUUUUAAGCUUGUUUUUUGAUUUUUGAAAUCGUUCGAGAGCAUUCGUCGUCUUGUUAGAAUUUAGUUCGUCCUGUGAUGAGAAAAAAGUAAAAAAAAAAUUAAAAUAAUAUUCCAUAUUGUUUAGUUUGUAAGUCUCCUUCCUCUUCUAUAAGAAUUUGCAAGUUGUAUUUUACCACCACAGAGUUGCAACUCUUUAAAAAACAGUUGCAAAUCUGUGGCGGAAAGAAAAAAUCAAGUCCACCGAAGUUUUUUUUUAUAAAGUACAUUGUAUCAAUAAUUUUAGUAUAAUAAUAAUAAAAAAAAACAAUUAAUAUAUUUUCACCUUUAAUUUGACUAACUCGUAUUGAGUUUCCAAAAUUUUCAUUUUUAUCCUUUCACAUUUUUUUAGUAAGAAAAAGUAUGUUGGCAUUAUUAAUAAUUUCAUUUCUUUAUUAUUUUGUAGUUAUAAUAAUUCUAAUAUUUGAUACUUAUUAUAUCUAGAUUAAUCAAAGAAAUGACAAAAAAAAUUACAAAUCAAUUAAAAAAAAGCCGAAAAAAAUGAUCUCAGGUAAUAUUUUUCAUAGGUCGCGUAAAACUUCAUAACUAGAAAAAAAAUACAAAAAAAUAUUUUUCAAUGUUUGAAAUAAUAUUUUUUCUUACGCAAAUAAGAAGUGUAUGUGUGUUUUUGUUUUAUUUGCAUUUUCAUGUAUUUCUUUUUAUUUUACUUUCCUUUUUGCUUUUUUGUAUUUCUCAAUAAGCGUAAAAUAACGAAGGAAGUGUAAGUGAAUGGUUUUUUCUAAGGGAAUGUGUGUUAAAAUAGAAAAUCAGCAAUCUCUGUGAUACAUAAUUAUCAUCAAAAUCCCAUUUUCCAUCAUGAAUAUUUUGUAAGUGAUUUUGUAUGUGAAAAUCUAAGAAAAAAAAUACAUACUAAUUGGAGCAGAUAUUUUAUUUUUUUCAGUUUCACAAAAAAUGUAUUCGUUUUGUUAUCAAAGUUCUUGUAAAAGUAUUUUGAUUUUUUCAAUUAAAAAUCUCUGUUCCAAUUCGUAUGCGAAUGUCAUCAGAUAUUUUAUAAAACGUCAUUUGGGAGAUACGUUUAAAAGUUUAAUAAAAUCACUAGGGAUUUAUCAUUCUUCGAAUUGUAUUCAGUAAGUUGACAGUUUGUGGCCUCAGUUUAAAACAUUAGCCUUCUUUCUGCAGUCGAGUAAACGUUCAAUACUUUGUAUGCCAACGAAUUUAACAUUGUUGAUUUAUCAAUUAACUACUGAAAAAUAUACAGUCGUGUUUAGUGUUUAGCCAAUUUUUGAACCUUUAGCGUAAUUAAAUGUUGAACUAGUCCUACAUUUUUAAUUGUAAAGUUUUAAAAACAAUUAUUUAUACCCAAACUUGAGGCCUAUCAAAUAGUGCAAGUCUCGAAUCAAACUUUAAAAGCACAAUUUAAUGAUAAAAAAUCGUUUUUGAUGAUGUUUUUGCAAAUUGUCAACUUUUCCUGCAUUUAGCGUUCUAUAAAACUAUUUGUAUCGGUAAUGUGUGUGCACGUCUACAGAUUGGCACAAACGUAAGAAUGUAUCUUAUUUGUAACAGGCAUAAGGCAUGAUUUUGAAGAUUUCGAGUUCAAUCAAAUCGCGUGUGAAUUUCAUUCGUACGAAAGUUGGUAUUUCGAGGUCCUAAAAUUUUGUCUGUGCUUGACACCAUCUGUUUAUAAUAAGCAUUCGUGUAGAAAUGGUCAAAAUGUAAAUAAAUAUUUGAAUGAAAUUUCAAAUUUAAAUCAACCUAAAAGGCUUAAAAAGUCCUGCCAAGUUCAAUAUUCUUUUACAUUCUUGGCCAAUUCUUAUUCUUAAUUUUAAAUCUACUUAUUUGUUAAAAUGGUCAAAACUUAAUUGUAACUACUUAAUCGACCCAUAUUGGGUCAAUCGACCGGUUGUGUACGAACAUGUAUGAAAUGUGUGUUUGUGUCAAUUUGUUGACGCUAUGUGUAUUGUACGAUAGCUUGCUGUGGUGUACGAGUUAAUCUGAAAUCUCGAAUUGAUGAGAAUAAAAGUUGGGACUCUUA